AUGUACCGUCGCCACCAUGCAGCAUUGGUUGGUCGAUGGCAGCCCUCCCUCCUCAAGCGCUCCCAGCUCCAAUACCACAUUAGACCACCAUCACCACCGUCGCUCGCACGCAACUUCCACUCCCCCAAACUCGCCCAGUUCAUGGGCCUAUUCGCGACCCAAACCGGCACAGAUUAUGCGUCCUACAUCUUGACACUCAUCCAUGACUACAGCGGCUUACCAUGGGGCCUCUCCAUCCCCAUCACGGCAAUCCUCCUCCGCUCCCUCUUCGCACUCCCAAUCUACUACGCCAUCAUCCUGAACCAGCGGAAGAUGGACAUGGGCGAGCCCUUGCGGGAAGCAUACCGAAACGCCUGGAUCAAGAAAAUACAGGAAGCAGCGAGGCACGCGGGAGAGAACGCCCCUUCAGAGUUUAAAGCAAUGAGUCUAGGAGGGAACAGUGAAGUGACGAUGCUGUUUUCCAAGCACCUCAAAUACAAUCCCUACGUUGCUAUGCUUCCUGUGCUCUAUUGGCCAGUUUGGGCCAAUUGUGUUUAUGUGCUGAUGGGGAUGAGCGGUUGGGGAGAUUCCUCUCCGGAGAAAGUUGCAGCAUAUCCAGUUGCCCCCGAUCCAAGCCUGGCAUCAGAAGGGCUGCUCUGGUUUCCUGAUCUGACGGCUUUCGAUCCCUUCCUCUGUACGGUAUUUGUCGGCUUGCUCAUUAACAAUGCGGCAUCCGCAGGGUUUCAAGGCUUGAGGCUUAGGGAACCCUUUUCUACGGCGCACGGCUGGCCUCGUUUUAGAUACCGGUUCUACACUAAAUCUUCGAUCGUAAUUUCAGCUCUCUUUGGCAUCUGCUUCUAUGGUGCUGAGGUACCUGCAGUCUUGGCCCUGUUUUGCGUGUCAUCUUCUGCAUGCGCCCUGGUACAACGAGGCUUGAUGAGGAGAUGGAUAGGGCAAAGUACGAAUACGAUCAUGCCAGCACAGCCAAGAGAAAUGAAAAUGAGAAAAGGGGUAGCAACUGAUGCACAUGGGAUUCGUAGCUAUGGACAGAGUGUGCUUGUUCCCAAAGAAUUCGAUCACUUAUUCCAGAGGACACAAACCACACUGGAUUCUCGUAGGGCACCUUUGGCCUCUGAUCCUGCACAAUCGAUUGCUCAGAAGCCUUCUCACCGAGUGAGAGCUGAAAAGGAGUAG